AGAAUAGUUAAUAGAUAAAAGUUCGUCGAUAUAUGUAAAUGUCGAGUUGAGGGUUACAACAAGAGAUUUAUUUGAUCUCAUCUACACAUUCGUUACCGCAAACUUGCGGCACAUUUGCUGGAAACUUUGAAUAUUUUGGUAAGGAUGCGCAAUAGUAUUGCCGUUCGCGAGAGUAUGUCAUUAAAUUAGAUUUGAAAUUUGUACAGAAACCUACUGGCAAAUAGCAUUUUUAACCUUUUUUUCGCGGAAACCAGAGUGAAAGUGAAAGUACACUGUUCAGUGGAUUUUCUGAAAUACAAUGUAUCGUAAGUUUAAACUGGGUUUAUUAUCGGACGAGAAGGACGACAGGAUGGAGUUUCAAAGAUUAUCAUCUGAUGUUGUUCAACGUGUUUAUACGAGUGAUGCAUCAGUGGGCGAUGUUAAGAAACCUAUAGCAUCACUGUGUGGCGUACCUCGUCACUGCAUAGAAAUCGUGGACCUAGAGGAGGGACUGGUGUACGAUAAUAGCCGAGAGGUGUCGAGGCUCCCCCGCCCUUUGCAAGUGAUGGUUGGCGCUGACGAGAGACACGUCCCAGGCUAUUUAGUGACGACAGACGUGGACAUGAUAGAACAGGACCCUUAUGACGAGGAGCCGAGGCUGAAAAUGGCAUGUGGCCAUGCUAUCACACCAUAUAACUUAUUUGGACACAUGCGAGAUACCCUGACGAGUAAAGUGAGACAUACGAUUUGUUGCCUUACACCUGGGUGCCUGCAAGAAUGGUCUAUGUGUGAAAUAAAUGACAAAGCCAAUUUAACGGAAGACGAGAGAAUAUUCUUUGAAUACAAGAUAUCCUUGAAUUCGAUUUUGCGAGAGAGUAGCGAGACGUCUGAAUGUCCAAACUGUGGUCAGUUUUGUCAAAGAAGGCAGAAUACCAAGGCUGUUCAUUGCACUCGAUGUGCAUCGAGGGAUCUUGGCAAACAGUUUGAUUUUUGUUGGGAUUGUAAAUCUCCUUGGGCGCCAAAUCAUAUAUGUGGAAAUAAGGAUCUUGAAGCAAUACAAAAAAUCCUUAACAAUGCACCAAGAAAAACGCUUGAAUAUUCCAAAAUUGAAGGUGUGCCAGCGAAAAGACUUUGUCCAAACUGCAGAACUCUAAUUGAACACGAACGAAUGUGCAAACAAAUGAAAUGUCCAAGUUGUAAAAUGGAAUUUUGUUUCUCGUGUUUAACACUCUGCAUAAACGGAAGGUUGCAAUGUUCUGGGUAUAACCUGCAAGGCAACAUCGCCCCUGUUCAAAAUGCGUUCUCUUAAAUGAACUUAGAGUAUAUGCAGAUAUGUAUACAAUAUUGAGCAGUGUGUAAAAAUACCGUGGGUCUGAGAUCAAUACAGGCUAAUGCUGAGUCAAUAGUCCUUUUAAUGGUUGCAUAGUUAUCCAACUGUAAAAUUGGUUGAGAAAUACAUUUAUUUUAUUUUCAAUGUAUGUAAUUCAUAAAUCAUAAUGGAUCAUU